GGGGGAAGAAAGUGGGAAAGAAAUCAAAAUAUGGAAGUAUAUAUGAAAGGGGAAGGAUAUUCGAGUCUGAAACACAGAAAACAGGAAUAAAUUUCAACUUCCAAAACCCCACGUCAAUUAAAAAUGAAAGAUGAUUUUCUUAAAAAAAAUAAUGGAAAAGGGAAAGAAUAAAGGUUUUCCCCGAUGAUGAAACAAACUGACAGAAGAAGAAAGGCCUAAACUGAUCGGAGGAAGAAUCAAUGGAGUCGGAUUUCUUGCUUGAGCAUGAAGUACUUUGCCUUCUUUACAACCCCACAAAAUGCCCUUUUUCCCAAAGGCUGCCCCUUUCAAGCAAGGAAUUAGAACCCUUAUCUUUUCACUUAUUUAUAAACCCAAUCAUCUCUGAGGCAGUUCUUCAUUAGCAGCAGAGUAGUCUACUAUAUUUUUUUGUGCUCCCCAAAUUUUAUAGCAUUCAAAUUCAACUUCUUUCAUACCAAUACAUAAAUAAAAUGGCCGGUGAGCAGAUGAAACCGGUUGCUGGGCUGCUUCUGGUGCUCAAUUUUUGCAUGUUUGGUGUAGUUUUGGGCAUCGGCGCUUGGUCUAUCAAUAAGGCCAUCAACAAUGGUUUCAUUAUCGGUCCGGGAUUUGAGUUGCCGGCGCACUUUUCACCGAUAUACUUUCCCAUGGGAAACAGAGCGACCGGAUUCUUUGUGGUGUUUUCGUUGAUUGCUGGUGUUGUUGGAAUGGCAUCGGUGUUUACUGGACUGAAUCAUCUUCGUUUCUGGGACAUUGAUAGUUUGCCUGCUGCUUCUUCUGCUGCUUUCAUCGCCUGGAGUCUUACUGCUCUUGCCAUGGGGUAAAAAUACAACUGUUAUCUGUUAACAAAUUCCCCAACUUAAACAUAAGACAUGUUCGUUGUUAUUAAUUUAGUUGUUCUUGGUUUAAUUUUGCAUUUUCAGCUUUGCCUGGAAGGAGAUUCAACAGAACGUUAGAAACUCCCGCCUGAAAACAAUGGAAGCAUUCAUAAUCAUGCUCACAGCUACUCAGCUCAUUUACAUUGCUGCCAUCAACACUACUCCGCUAAGGAGACGAACCAUCAACUGAGGUCAUUGUCCGAGACCGUGUCUCAUCAGAUUUCCCACUAUGAUGUGCUGCUCCUCCCAGUGUGUUUGAAUUUCCCUUCGAAGUCUUUCUUACACUUGUGGCAUUCUUUCUUUUCUUUGUGGCGUGUCGAGUGAUUCAAAGAUUUGUUAAUUGAUUUGGUUUAUUAUUGAAUUUAUUUCAUACAUUUUCUUACCAAGUGUUGGGACAAAUUUGGAUUCCGUCAUUCAGUAUUCAGAAUGUUUCUCUACUCUCCAACUUAUCAUUAUGAAUUUGCCUUUUAUAAUUAAUCAACACGCGACCAAGGCGCCAAAAUCAAUCAUAAAAGUAACAUUCAACACAACGACAUCGAAAUUGAAGUGCAAUUUAAAUGCAAUCCUAUCCAAUCCAAUCACAAACAUGGUGGGAAAUACUUGUGGUAGCAGAACUCGUUAGCUUCUCAAGUGUCACCAUAAAUGAAAGAUCAAAUUCGAAAAGACACCAGAGCUAUUCACACUGGGCAGUUUAGUGAUUUGUAAGCAGGCUAAAAAAUGUUGGAAAAAGAAUCCAUUGGUGAACGGUGAGCUACAUCUCUGAAGUUGUUUUCGAGGCAAACGAUUAAUAGCAGAGGAAAUGAUCCUCCACGCCGAGGAGGCGUUUAAUAUCACGAUUUCCUAACAUUAUGUCUCAAACUUCAAUGGAGUUCGAAAUUAGUUCAUUUCUGCAGAAGCAUCCAACUGAAAGUGAUGCCAACCAUAAAAGCCUAGAAAAGUUGUUCAACUUCAAUGACCAUAAGACUUAACAGAGAUGCUGCAGGGUUAUUGUCGCAUUUUCUGCAAUUCACAAUUCCAUUUGAGCAUAAACUGCACAUUACCAAGAGGAGACGAGAAGGUUUCAACUCCAGAGACUUUCAAGUCCUAACCUAGGAUCUCUCUACUACUACUACUACAACAACAACAACAACAAGCCUUUUUCCCAUUAGUUAGAGUCGGCUAUAUGGAUCUCUCUAUGUAGGAAAAUUGGUAAAACUUAAGCCUACCCUGGGAACACUCACAGCAGUGGGACCUUUUUGAACCUCAAAGUAGACCCCUAGAAGGUAAGAAAAGGAUACAGAAUCAACAUGUAUAGUGUCUUUUGUCUUGCAUAAUGAAAAAAAAACCUGCACUGUGUCUUUCCAUAAAUUCACUUUAUGCAUCUAAUACUAAUCCAGCAAUCCGGUUGUGAUUAAGCUACCAAAGAAAUUCUUUCCUUUAUUCCCUACAUGUACAGCAACAUCCCACAAACCCCAAAAACUCUUCUACAUUCUACUCCAUAAUCUGUCUUAUGUAUUUAAAUGAUCAUUCAAUUCCUGUCUAAAAUCUUUGGCAGCACCAUCAUUUAACCUCAGAUAACAGAGUUAUAUGCAUGAGCUAUGUCUUACAAAUUUCAAGAAUCAGCACCAGCAUUUUGUUAUCACAACACCAGUUCUCUUCAACGUGGGUAAGGGUUUACUACAAAGCAAAUUCAAACAUAGCAGUCAAAAGUAGAAGAAUGAAAUAAGGCAAUCAAGGUACAAACUUUACACAGCUACUCCAAAACGGCAUAAACAGCAGGACAUGAUCUCCAAGAUAGAUGACAGUACUCAAUUUCAGUUAGAUCAUAACCCUAUUCCGCAAUACCAAUGUCGCAAUCACAGAUAAAAAACAAGCACUUGGAGUUUAUAGCUAAUCAUUGCAAUACGCUUGUCUAAGAAAUAUUCAGCCUCCAAUCACAUACUAGUUCAGACAAUGAAAAACAAGCGCAAAGUGAUAGCAUUGACAGUCACAAGGUACUAAAUUUACAGACAUUAAUCGCAACAGGCAACGUUCAACAAUCCGAAGCUCUAGCUUCACCAAACAGAUAAGACAUAGUAGUUAUUAAUUAGUACUUCCGGAACAAUUUCAUAAUUCAAUCCUUGAUUACCAUCUAGUAACUUUAGCCACGAGCCUUGAGCUCCGCAAGACGCCUGGAGAGAUCAUCCUCAUCCACCUUCUCUUCACUGUUCUUGGUUGGAAUCGCAUGUGCCGCCGCCUGUGGAAGCCCGACAGAGACCUCCAGGCCAUAAUCAUCCGCAACCUGCUGCAUCAAGGAGUUGACCUCGCCCUCCGGCGUCGACAGGGAAGUGCUUCCGGCCAUGGAGCUCUCCAUAAACUCGGCCUGAACUUCCAUAUUCACAAACUGGCGCUCGAAUUGAUCCAUGGUCUCAGACAUUUUCUGAAGAUUCCCGGUGGCCAGGGUUGACUCGAGCGAUUUCACGAUAUUGGACAUUGACUUGCUGAUGGUGGUCAUCUUGGCUUGGGUAUCGAGCCGAGCGACGACGGCGUCAAGCCUGGAAGCCAGGCGGAGGUAAUUCAUCUGCUCGCUGCGCUUCCUGAUAGCAUUCUCGGCGUAGAUUCUGGCGCCGUCCAUGUUCCCUUUCUCGAUGGCCUUUUUGACCUUCAAUUUCUCGGCUUUUUCGUCCUUCUCGCAUUUCCGGGCUUGGCGUUGCAGGCUCUUUGACGUGAAUUUGAGUUCCAUGAUUUGAUUCAUCAGUUUCUCUGCGUUUCCCAUGGUAGCUUUCGAUCGAUUCCGACGAAGGUGUAGAUAGAUUCUAGGGUUUGUAAUCAGAGAAGCAAAGCAAAAAUAUGGAUAAUAAAAAUUUCAAAUAGUAGAUCUGUACGCGUUGAUGAUGAAGUAAAAGUUCCGUGUUUUUGCUUUUUCCAAAUACGGGUAUUCCACAAUUAUUCUUACGCUUAAGGAAGAGUACUGCGUAU